AUGGAAUUUGAGGUGGAAUCGUUAUACGAUUCGCUGACGGGUUAUUUCGACCCGAGCGAGGGUAGGAGGAGAAGGCAGAGGACGAAGACGUUCGAGGAGGAACAGCAUGAGAGGAAGCAGUUGGAGUUGAUAGCGCAGAUGGAGAUGGCGGAGGCGACUGAGAAGGUGCCGGAUGAGGGUUGGUAA